CAGAGUUUGGUGAAACAUGAGGAGCCCCCUAGGGCCUGGCCGGUGAGCAGCUGAGGGUCAAAGUUAACGCACUUGCUCCUGGAGUCAUGGCGGACAGAGAGGGGCUCGCCAUCGCCCCGGGUCAGGUCUACGUUGAAGUGGAGUAUGACUAUGAGUACAAGGCUAAGGACAAGAUGGUGACCAUUCGCCAGGGAGAUUGUUACAUGCUGGUGAAGAAGACCAAUGAGGACUGGUGGCAGGUGAGGAAGGAGGAAGGUGCGAAAGCCUUUUAUGUUCCGGCGCAGUACGUCAAGGAGGUGCGGCGGGCACUAAUGCCCCCCCAGAAACCCGCCCUGAGAGCCAAGCCCACUGUUUUGGACAUCUGCCGGGAAUCCAACGAGAACCUCAACAGACCUCAGCCGGAAAUGUCCAGCUUCGGCCGCCCGUCACCUUCCUCCACCCCUUCGCCGUCCUCUGACCGCGUCACGCCGCCCGUUCUCCCAAAGGACGCCAACCAGAACCUAGGAAGCCCUCACCACUGCAAGCUGGUGGCAGAACUAGUUCUCCUCCACAACAAUAACAACCACCCCCACGGCAACAACUCUUCGUUGCCACGGACACGAGCCGAUUCGCCACCGCUCAGAGUGGGAAGUAGACACAGUAAGAGUCCAGAUAGUGAGAAGAGCUUGGCUUCGGGCGAGGCGCCAGGAGAGGGUUCCGUCAAGCACCGCAACGACUCGGAGUCUGGAGACGAGCUCAGCAGCAGCUCAACAGAACACAUGCAGACGACAUCGCCCACGGGUCCGGGACGCUCAGACUCGCCGGUCUACACCAACCUCCAGGAGCUGAAGAUCUCCCAGUCCAGCCAGCCGCCCGUCCCUUCAGGCUCCCCGCUCCACGUCCUGGGUGACUGGGAGACCCACAAAGACCUGAGCGGGAGGUAUUUCUACUACAACCGGGCCAGCGGAGAGCGCACCUGGAAGCCGCCGCGCUCCAGAGACACCUGCAGCAGCAUCAGCAGCGUCCGAGGAGACAGCCAAGGAACGGCGGAGAGCGAGCCUCUGUCCUCAGAGGACAACUGCCACAGCACCCAUUCCAGCCAGUCAGACAGCCAGUACGGAUCGCCCCCUAGAGGCUGGUCGGAGGAGCUGGACGAACACGGACACACCCUCUACGUGUCCGAAUACACGCAGGAGAAGUGGAUCAAACACGUGGACGAACAGGGCCGGCCGUACUACUACAGCGUGGACGGAUCCAGGUCAGAGUGGGAGCUGCCCAAGUAUAACAUCUCCCCUCAGCCCGGAGAAGUUCCUAAGAGUCGCAGUUUGGAGAGGAAGCAGCCGGAUCCCAUCGUCCUCACCAAGUGGAGACACAGCACCUACGUCUUAGACCUCAACGACAAGGAGUGUGCUUCGGCGGCCAAGCACAGCUCUCCAGACUCUGACUCCUGCCCAUCAUCUCCUAAACUCCCGUCAUCCCCCUCUGAGAAGUGUGGAGUGCUCAAUGUCACUAAAAUCACAGAGAAUGGAAAGAAACUCAGGAAGAACUGGACGUCCUCCUGGACCGUGCUGCAGGGUUCCUCCCUCCUCUUUGCGAAGGGGCAGGGGGGCAGCGCCUCCUGGUCGUACUGCCGCAGCGGCUCCAUCCCAGAGCUGCUCCUCACUCUCCUUAGCAGCUGGAAGCGCUCGGUCAAGCCCCGCCCCGCUGUCUCCUAUGUGAACUGUGGGCCUGUGCAGGCUGCUGCUGUAUGUCCCCCAUCUCAGCAUGAAUCAGCCCCUCCUUGUGUCCUCCUUAGUGGCUCCUCCCCUUCAAACUUAAACCUGAUUAUUGCACGUGAUCCAAAUCAGCCAAUGAGCUGUCAGUCUGGGUUCAGCUCCACUCUGACUUGUUGCCCCGCCUCCACCUCUGCAGGUCUCAGUGUGGACGGCCUCUACAGAGUGAGUGGGAACCUGGCGGUGAUCCAGAAGCUCCGCUUCGCCGUGAAUCACGAUGAGAAGGUGGACCUGAACGACAGCAAGUGGGAGGACAUCCACGUCACCACCGGAGCUCUGAAGAUGUUCUUCAGGGAGCUUCCUGAGCCGCUCUUCACGUACGGAUCCUUCGGUGACUUCGUGAACGCCAUCAAAUGCUCCGACUACAAGCAGCGACUGAAUUCCGUCAAAGACUUGAUCAAGAAGCUGCCGAAACCCAAUCAUGACACAAUGCAGGCUCUGUUCAAACACCUGCGCAGAGUGAUAGAGCACGGAGAGGCCAACCGCAUGACCACCCAGAGCGUCGCCAUCGUGUUCGGACCCACGCUGCUGCGGCCGGAGACGGAGACGGGCAACAUCGCCGUCCACAUGGUCUACCAGAACCAGAUCGUGGAGCUGAUCCUGCUGGAGUAUGAGAGCGUGUUCGGGAGGUAGAAGAGGAGGAGCCUUCCUCUGGGUUCCCCCAAACUCAGACUCUCUUCUUCCUCCCUUCCGUUUGUUUGCUGCGGAGCGAGCAGUCGGGAGGAAUAAAAGAAUAAAUAAAUAAAAUGAACGGUUUAAAAAAGUGUUGCACUUACAAGGAAAUUUGGGGAUGAGUUUAGGAAAUAAAAUUAGAUGUAUAGACGUUGCCCCCUUCUUUUUUUUUUGUUUUCCAGUUGCCAUUCCUGCUGCGAGUAGCGGGCCGAUGACGGACAUGCUUUCAGAAUGUUGCCGUGGUGAUGUGCGGGCGUCUGUGUGAGUUGGUGAAUGUUUACACAUACACUGGAUCUUUGUGGCCAGUCAUCGAAAGCGGAACCAGCUGCUCCUUUUAAACUCCUGGUGGGAUCGGAUCAGGGACAAACGUUUGUUUUUUUGCCUCUCUG